CGGCAGCGCAGGAUGCGGCGCCCGGCUCGGCCUCCCGGGCUGCGCUGAGGGCCCCGCCGGCAUGAGGAGCUCUGUCGAAGAUGCACUGGUCACCAGAGCAUGCCCAGUCCCUGAACCAGUGGCCGGAGCAGCACCUGGACGUUUCCUCCACCACCUCAUCCCCAGCCCACAAAUCCGAGCUGUACCCCAGCACCCGCCAGCGCUUCAACUACGCCUGGGCCAACGAUGACAUCUCGGCUCUCACAGCCUCCAACCUCCUCAAGAGGUACGCGGAGAAAUACUCGGGGGUGCUGGACGCGCCCUACGAGCGCCCCACGCUCGGCGCCUACGGGGACGGAGCUUUCGGCCCCGUGAACGGCCAGAAAGGGGACGGCGAGCCCUGGCCGGGGGCUCACGGCUCUGACUUCCCUCUAGCCCCCAUCCACGAUGGGCUAGCCGGCAGCAAGGGCGUGGUGCCACCCUCCGUGCCCGCCGCUUCUCCGGUGGUGUCGGCGAAUCUCAGCGAGCCCGGCUACCCCGGCAAUUCCUGCGGGGCGGCUGCUGCGGGUUCCGGAGCUCUCGGUGCGUCUCAGGAGUACCCCUCAGGUUAUGGUGGCACCUAUUUGCCCUCUGGUUACUGCGCCCAGCCCGCUGCAGCGCUGCCGCCGCCUCCGCACCCUCCUGCGCUGCACAGCUCGGGGCUCCUGCAGCCCCCGCACCCCUCGCCUGCUUUGGUGCCAGGUUACGGCUCCUCGGGCCCGAUGUACAACUAUGCCAGCGGCAGCUACGCGCCCCAACCGGGCUAUGGGAGCAUCCACCCGCCCCACCCCACCCCGGCAUCCUAUUUGCCCUCGGGCAUCGCCGCUCCCACCCCCAUCCCGGCCCCGCCGCCCUCCGCCCGCCCGCCCGGCGUCCCCGCCUAUGGCUACCAAAGUGCCGGGCUGGGCUCCCUGGCAGUGCCCCCGCUGGGCACGGAGGCGGCGGGCACGCUGAAGAGGAAGGCGUUUGACAUCGGCGGUGAUGAUGAUGGCGAGGGCAGGUACAGGAAAUACAGCUACGAGCAGCCAAAGUCUCCGUACGCCCUGUCGGACAACGGCGAGUGCCGGGGCAACGGCUUCGGCAGCAGCGGCGAGUCCCCCCAGGUGGCCUUCAAAGCCGGCAAGCGGCCAGCGGGGACCGGCGAGGAGCACACGGGCAAGUUCGGCGGGCAGCAGAUGAAGGGCAUGGUGUCGCCAUCCUACGGCACCAGGGACGCUGCGCUGAGGCCGGCAGAGCCCUUCGAGAAGUUCAGCCCGCCCUUGGCCAACGGCGAGCGCGCCGCCGAGCCCGGAGCCACCUUCCCGCUGAGGUUGCCCUCCAAAGCUUUGGGAUUCCUGGACGAGCAGCCCAAGAGCGUGGACCCGCUGGUGCUGGAGCUGGUGAACACCAAGGUGGUGGAGCGGGGGCCGCCGGUGCAGUGGUCGGACAUUGCCGGGCAGCUGUCGGUCAAGGCGGCCAUCGAGGAGGAGCUGCUGUGGCCCAUCCUGCGGCCGGGCUCCUACGGCGGCACGAGCCACCCGCUGCGGACCCUGCUGCUCUUCGGGCCGCGCGGCACCGGCAAGACGCUGCUGAGCCGCUGCAUCUCCACCCAGCUGGGCUCCACGCUGCUGCGCCUCAGCGGCGCCGCGCUGCUCUCCACCUGGAAGGCCGAAGCCGAGAAGAUCCUCCAAGCCGUGUUCUUGGUGGCCAACUGCCGCCAACCCUCCGUGGUGCUCAUCACCGAAGCCGAAUCCUUGCUGGCGGCGCGCUCCGCCGAGGACGGCGGCGACCGCCAACUCAACAACCUCAAAUCCCAACUCCUCUCCUACCUGGACGACGUGGCCGCCUCGUCGGAGCACAACGUGGUGGUCAUCGGCACCACGGCGCGGCCGGGUAGCAUCGACGAGGCGUCGCACCGGCGUUUCGGCACGCGGCUCUACGUGGCCUUGCCCGACGGCGCCGCGCGGCGCCACGUGCUGCGCCAGGCGCUGGCCCAGCAGAGCUGCUGCCUGGGCGAGCGCGAGUUGGCCGCGCUGGCCCAGCGCACCGAGAGUUUCUCGGUGGCCGAGCUGCUGCGGCUGUGCCAGCACGCCGGGGCGGCGCGCCGGGCGAUGCCGGGAGCGCCCAACGCGUAUCAGGAGAUGGAGAAGGCGCUGGGGAAAGUCGGCCCCGCCGCGUCCCAGAAGGAGCUGGACUUGUUCCUGGAGUGGGAUAAGAUGUACGGGACCAGGCACUGA